CUUCACAGAGAAGCGACUUCUCCUCUCCACCGUCCCUUGCCCCGCCGCACGGUACUUACUGCCUCGUCUCAUCCCCCCUCGCGCUCCGGAGCUCUGCCCUACCCAAGCUCCGAUCCGAUCCGACCCGCCGCCGCCCCCUCCGCCUCUCGCGCACCCGCACACGCGCGCGCCCAUCGCCGCGUCCGCAGCCCGUUGGUUUCCGAGGGCGUCGGUGUCGAGGAAGGAGGAGCGGGGAGGGAGGCGAUAGCAGCAGCCUAGGGGCGGGCGGGCGGGCCUGUGAUGGGGGCGCCGAAGCAGAAGUGGACGGCCGAGGAGGAGGCGGCGCUCAAGGCCGGGAUCAACAAGCACGGCGCCGGGAAAUGGCGCACCAUACUCAAGGACCCCGAGUUCAGCAGCGUCCUGCGCUACCGCUCCAACGUUGACCUCAAGGACAAGUGGCGGAACAUGAACGUCACAGUGAACGCGUCGGGCUCUCGCAACGAUAAGGCGAGGACGGCGCCCACCGCUAAGAAGCCGAGGUCUGCUCCGAAGCAGGAGGGCCCCUCGACGGCACUGGCCGCGAUCACUUCUGACGGCGACGAUGACGUUGCCGACGUGAUGCCUCUCGCGACGGGUUCGGCGAAGAAGUCCCUUUCCAGGCUAGAGAAUAUCAUUUUGGAGGCCGUGAAGAGCUUGAAUGAGCCUACAGGGUCAUAUAAAACAGCCGUUUCUAAUUACAUCGAGGAGCAAUACUGGCCACCUGCCGAUUUUGACCAUGUACUGUCUGCAAAACUUAAUGAGCUGACAGCAACUGGGAAAUUAAUUAAGGUGCAUCGGAAGUACAGGAUAGCCCCUAGCUCAUCUUUUCUAGAAGGGCGAAGCUCUAAAAUGCUGCUGCUUGAAGAUAUACAAAAGGAGCCCAACAAGGUAGAUAGAGCAGAGAGGGUGGAGAGAUCAGAGAGGGUAGAGAGAGCGGAGAGGGUAGAGAGAUUGGAGAGGGUAGAGAGGGAUGGUUUGGUAGCCCAAACUAAAUCUCAAGUAGAUGCUGAACUGGCACGGAUGAGAAACAUGACUGCCGAAGAGGCUGCAGCUGCAGCUGCCCGUGCAGUUGCAGAGGCAGACGCUAUCAUGGCAGAAGCUGAAGCCGCAGUAAGAGAAGCGGAGGCUGCAGAAGCUGAUGCUGUAGCUGCACAAGCCUUCGCUGAAGCAGCAAUGCUGACCUUGAAAAACAGAAGUUCAGCAAAAUUGAUCAUUCGAGGUUGAGGCAUCAUCUCUUUGGGAGCUGCUGCUGCUGCAGAACUGAUGCAGCUUCAGUUUUCCUCUGAACCUGUUGUAUGUAAAUGCGUACCGCAGUCCAGUGCAAACUAAUUGCUGCUCCAGUGACAGCCAUCUGAGUUGAUGACAAUGCUGUUUCGUUAUUUCACUCCAUGGAAGCUGGUUCGGAACCAAGUAGCACAAACUUGCCCAGACGUGUCUCGUUUUCCGAGUGCUGGCAGUCUGUUGCAUCUCCAAGCUCGUUCCGUUCUCCCUCGUCAUCGGUUUGUUUGCCGAGGAGGACCAACUGAUGUUUGAUUCCCGCAUUGUAGAGAUGUGGGGUGAUCAGAAGAAAACCAAUAAAUAGACCAUAUGAUCUUCUCUGGAGACUGGAAUCUUCUUAAUAGGUGGCUGGUCAUUUCAUGUGAUAAUUGGCAGACUGGAAUUUUCUUCACAAUGUGGUACAUUGCCCCCCUGCCGAAAUUACCGGUUCUGUUAGCCUUUUUGUGUUGGAUCUGGACUUGCCGAGCAGAAUGUAUUUGGCACCAAAUAAUAGCCCUCUUGCUGCAUGUGUA